AUGUCUUUUUUUAAUUUCCUUAUUACCUCUUUAUUUUGUCUUUCUUUUUUUAUCAUAUCUAUUUAUUCCAUUUUUAUUCAUAUCAAUUUAUUUGUUUAUCUUUUUAUCCUUCAUUCUGUUUAUUUCUUUUUAUAUUUUUAUGUUUCAUUAUUCGGUAUUUUUAUGUUUGUUGCCAUUAUUCUGUGUUCCAUUUUUCUGUUCGUUACUAUUAUUCUGUGUUCCAUUUUUCUGUUCGUUGCCAUUUUUGCGUCCAUUUUUGUGUUGAAUUUUUUCUGUUCAUUGCAAUUUUUAUGUUCCAUUUUUCCAUUCCAUUUUUAUGUUUGUUACCAUUUCUGUGAUCCAUUUUUACGUUCGUUGCCAUGUUUGUAUUCCAUUUUUCUGUUCGUUACCAUUUCUGUGUUCUUUUUUUUCUGUUCGUUACCAUUUUUGCGUCUAUUUCUCUGCUCAAUUUUUUUCUGUUCGUUGCUAUUUUUAUGUUCCAUUUUUCUGUCGUCCUGGGUUGCCUUUAUUUUUUUUUUUUUUUGCAUUCCCCAUUCUUUUUUUACAUUCUUUUCUUUUUCCUUUAAUUGGAUGAUUUUCCUACACUUUGUCCUCCUAUCUUUAUUUCUUUCUUUAUUUAUUCAUUUAUUUAUGUUUUCUUUCUUUCUCCAGUCUUUAUUUUUCUUACUUUACUUCUUUCUCUCUUUAUUAGCUUUCCCAAUUUUCUUUUCUUCUCUUGCAUAUUUACUUUAUCUUUCUUUCUUUUAUUCAAUGAUAGAUCACUCUUUCUUUCUUUUUUCUUUUUUAAUAUCUUCUAUUUUUAAUUUUUUUCGUUGUUCCUGUAUUUUUUACUUUCUUUCUUAUUUUCUUUCUUUAAUUCGAUUAUUCUCUCACACUGUCUCUUUCUUUCUUUCUUUCUUUCUUUCUUCCAGUCUUUUAAAUUUAUUCAUUUGUUCUUUCUUUCUCCAGUCUUUCUUUUUAUCAAUUUCCUUCUUUAAUAGCUUUCCCAAUUUUAUUUUCUUUCUUUCUUUGUUUACUUCUUUGUGUCGAUGA